ACUUCACUGGUCGCUGUUCAUGACCGAAGCAUCCCAGUAAUGACACGCAACUUCCAUGUCAUACAGGGAUCGACUAUUCGUUGCGCCAUCGCUUUGUCGGGCUCAGCGGGCUACAGCAACGCCGAUAUUAGCCGGCAAUAUCCAAGCAUUGUUUAUGCGCACGUCAUCAACGCACACAUCAUCACGGAUCAUCUUGACUUGACUCUAGUGCCUUGACACGGUUUCUUCCUCUAUUGGCUUCUCUCCUACUACUACUGCAUUGAUCUCCAGUAGUGACUCUUGUGCAUAUAUACACCAGUGCACUGUCCUGGCCUGAACUCCCCCAAAGUGAAUCAACUUUUCCAUCGGCAAGAACGCAGUUGCUAAUAUAAAACUCGCUUCGAUUUGCAUCUAUCUUCUAUCCAAAGAGCAGCCAUGACGAUCGUGGAGAUGCAUGUGAACAUCGACUGCGACGGCUGCGAGGGCAAGGUCAGGAGAGCCCUGGAAAGACUUGGAGGAGUGCACAGCGUGAGCAUAGACAGGAUGCACGGCAAGGUGACAGUGACGGGGUCGGUGAGCCAGAAGAAGGUGCUCCGGGCGGCGCGGCGCACGGGCAGGCUCGCCGUGCUGUGGCCGUCCGCCUACAACCACCCGGCGUACCACCACCACGCCUACGCGCAGCCGCCGGCGGCCUACUACCAGUACCAGCACCACGCCAAGCCGCCCGCGCAGGCGCAGGCGCAGCACCACUACUACUACAGCAGCGUCCCGCGCGGCAGCAAGAGCGGCGUCGUCUCGGCGGUGGCCGGCAAGAAUCCGGUGGCGCAGUACCCCCAGGCCAAGGCCAGCUCGUACAACUACCACGUGCACGGGUACUACGACUCUGAGCUCUACGGGAACUACCAUGAGCAGCCGGACGUCGUGCCGGCCGCCGUGAGGAACUACUUCAGCGAUGAGAACCCGAGCGCUUGCUCGAUCAUGUGAUUUGUGUGGUCGCUGGCCGCUGGGGUGUCUGAAUCCAAUUGAUGGCCGGCCUCUGCUGUGUCUGGUGUGUGCUUCUUCUUGUAUGUUUAUUACAGGGAAAAAGUCUAUUUUUAACCAUCAAACUAUUGUUAAGUUUGGUUU